CCUCCAUAUAAUUAAAAUCCAAGAAGCCCUAAAUAUUUAAAAAGAUCUUUUCUCGCUCGUUUCAUUAAAAAAAAUCGAUGCUGUAAUCUUCGACGCUGUAAUCUUCACAAUUUUUGCAGACUUGGAUUUCUCCACGGCCAUCCCGUAAGGAAACUAAAUUCCAAGGUUUAUAGUGUUCCAAGGCUUUUAUUAAGUAUAAUUCCACCAACACAUCACAGAGCUGGAUUUCUUCAUUACGUACACACCGGGGAUAUUUUUUUUUAGGGUUUCAAGGGUUUCAUUCAAGUAAAAUUUGAGAAAUUUAUUUGGAGAAGCUGCAAGGCUGCAUCAAUGGCGGAACAUUUGGCGUCCAUAUUCGGCACGGAAAAAGACAGGGUAAACUGCCCCUUCUAUUUCAAAAUCGGUGUGUGUAGACACGGCGAUCGAUGCGCCCGCCUGCACAACCGGCCCACAAUAAGUCCUACCCUCCUCUUAUCGAACAUGUAUCAGAGGCCCGAUAUGAUCGCUGCCCCAGGAGGACUCGAUCCUGCGACCUCCUCGGACCCUAACCAGGUCGCCGCAGCUGCCGCAGAUCCACGCAAGACUCAGCGCCACUUCGAAGACUUUUAUGAAGACAUUUUUGAGGAGCUCAGCAAGUAUGGGGAGAUCGAGAACCUUAAUGUGUGUGACAAUCUGGCAGAUCACAUGGUUGGAAAUGUUUAUGCCCAGUUUAGCCAGGAAGAACAGGCGGCCGCGGCCUUGCAGGCUUUACAGGGAAGGUUUUAUGCGGGAAGGCCUAUCAUCGUCGAUUUCUCCCCUGUUACUGAUUUCCGCGAGGCCACUUGCAGGCAAUAUGAAGAAAAUUCCUGCAACCGAGGUGGCUAUUGUAAUUUCAUGCAUGUGAAGAAGAUUAACAAAGAUUUGAGAAGAAAAUUAUUUGGCAGGGUAGGUAGGAAGUUUAACAGGCGUAGCAGGAGCAGGAGCAGGAGCCGGAGCCGGAGCCGCAGCCGGAGCCUUAGCCCUCGGUCACAUGGUGGGCGUUCUGGUUAUGCAAAGGGUCGGGAUUUUGAGAACUUUGACCGCCGCCGAGAACCAAGAGGCAGGUUCAGAGGGAGCUUUGGUGGGAGGGGUGGUGGGCAGGGUCAUAGGCGUCACCGGAGCCCACCGGCUAGAGAAGGCAGUGAGGAGAGGCGGGCUAAAAUUGAGCAGUGGAACAGAGAAAGAGAAGAGCGAGAUACAGCAAAUCAGGGUUAACCUUGUCAAAUGUGGCGGGUUUUUAAAUUGUGUGGUGUUUGAAUUUCAGUUUUUUUGGAUGAACAGAGGUAAAAGGAAACAAAAUUUUCCCUUUUUUUGUGAAGAUAAUCUAUUUUUUUUUUUAAAACUCAGAUCAUGGCGUUUUGAGAAAUAUAUCUGCCUAUUUUAUGUACAAAACUCCUGUAAUCUCCCUUACCAGUGCGCUGUGGCUAGUGGUAAGAUGGGAGCGAUUGUCACGAUGAUGUACCGGGUUCAAAUCUCACUUGUCUUUUGGCAUCAACGCACACCGUUUCCUAAUUGCCUAAAAGGAAAAAACUAUCAUAAGCUUCCUUUUGCUUGUCAUCACACAAAGGAAUCAGCUUUCUUGGCCAAAAUCAUUCAUUAACUUUCCUUGACAUUCAGCCGUGCAAGUCGACCCAGGAUUCAAAUCACACAACCAUCUGAUUUGAUCCUUGUGUACAUUUAUUGGGUUGAUAGUCCUUUUGAUUUUUAAGACUUUUAGAAACAAAUUACAACUUAAUUCCGAACGUCAAUCAUGAUCAACUCGCCUUUAAUGGGUUCAAUCUUA